GUUUCAAAACCAAUCCUUCACCAAUUAGGCUUCGCUUCAUCUUCCCCUUUUCCUUUCUCUGCCCUUUUUUUUUUCAGUUCCUCGCUCCAAGAUACAACCAUAGUCUCCGGUACGCACACGCCAACUUUUCGGUGCGGCACCUGACAUAAAAGUUGGGGCUUCAUCGGAGCAACGCAAGUGGUAUGGUUGGUUGAUUCUGAGCCUGUCUGCAGCCUGCAUGCUUCCUGAUCGGACACCAUGUUUUCUUUCAAGUCCAGCGUCAAGUCAUCCUUCGAUGGCAACGAAGUCCCGAGCUCACGCUUCAUCGAGGAAUCAGACGUGCAGGAACAAUUCAGCAAACUGCAGGAGGAGCUGAGGAAGGAGAAAGAGGAGAAGGUACGUGCCCUAUAUGAGAUAGGAGAGCUCAGGAAGAAGAACAAGAACAAAAAGUUGAAGAGCAAUGGAGGUGGGGAUCAGUUGGACCUUGCUGACAGAUUACAGCAGUUGGAAGGUGAACUGGAGGCUGCAAGAGAUUCAGAGAGGAAACUGCUAGUGUCAUUGGAGGCCCAAAUAAAGCAGCUUGAACAAACCAAGGUAUCUCUGGAGGAGGCCAAGCUCAAGAUAGCUUCGCUCCAGGACAACAACAAGAGCUUGGAGGCCUUAACCGCACUGCCCUCUAAUCCCAGCAGGCAACCGGUGAAGAAUUUCAGGAGAAGGGGUAUGAUGUCCUUCUCCUUUGCCGACCCCAACGAGGUAGAGACAAGGUCACUACAGCGUGAGCUCAAGUCGGCUGUGGAAUCUGAGGAGAAGUGCAAGAAGGCCAUGGAUGACUUGGCCAUAGCCUUGAAAGAGCAAACAACAGACGCCAGAGAGGCAAAAACAAAGCUUUCAUUGGUGCAAGCUGAGUUGAAUAAUGCAAGAACUGAAGUGGAUAAUUUGAAGGCCUCGUUGGAAACCACAGAGGAGAAGCUCCGGAUGGCACUGGAAAAGGCGGGGAGACUAAAGUUUGACUCAGAAGAAUUAGCAACAGCUUCAAAAGAGAAAGAGAGGGGACUCAUUGAUUGCAUCAAGAUGUUUGAGGGUGAGCUAGCCAAAGGAAAGGAGGAGAAUGAUAAGUUGAUUGAAUCACAGAGGGUGAUCAGAGAAGAGAAUUCUAGGCUGAGGGAAAUGCUGAAGCAUGCGGUGAGUGAAGCUAAUGUAGCAAGGGAAUCGCUUGAGAUUGCCAGGGUGGAGAACUCUCAGCUUAACGAACAGGUAUCUGAGAAAGAAAGUACCUUGCAGAGUAUCAUGCAAGAGUAUGAUUCCCUCAAGAUCAGUGAGGCUGCAGCACAGAGCAGUAUCAAAGAAUUAAAGGAUAUGAUUGAUGCGAUGUUCAGUUCAGAGUCCACCAAAACUUCAGCACAAGCAUCACCCCGAGAUACCGAGAGGGGCGUGAUGACAGAAAAGUAUGUGGCGGAAGAUGAGGUGUAUUCUGAUAGCGGAAGAUCUACUCGUUUCGAGGACAUCAGGAGUCCUGCAAAGCAGAAGAAGAAUACAAUUCUAAAAAAAUUUAGUGACAGAAUGAAGAAAAGGAACUCUCAGACUGCACUCUAGUAUCCCAAGGAAGCAAGUAAAUACAGGUCUAGUUUUCUUUUUGUUUUUUGAAAGCCCUUGAGCACAAGAUAGUUGGAAUGCCAACACAAAUUCACUCCGACGAAAUGAAAAGCAAUGUGUGGAGUAGCCCUUCUUUUACUCAGUUUUACAGAUUUAAACUACAGAGAAUGGAACAUAUAUGUAAAAAAUACAGAGUAUGAAAUAUUAAAACAGGCAUAGUUUUUAUUCUUGA